GAACUGAUGGCUGGAACCAUAAAUAGGGUCCCCCCCAGGCUGGGCUCCUCACUUGCCUCUUCUUCCUUCACCAUCUGAGUGCCAGCUCCCUCAGUCCUGAAACCAUGCCCCGAGCUCUCCUGUGGCUGGGCUUCCUCUGCCUGUUGGGAUCCCUGCUGAACCAGGCCCAUGGCCUCAAGCAAUCUGCAAAGCAGAUCCGGAUCCCACAUUUGUCUAGGAUCCCUCUGGAGCCCAACUUCCAGGCUGACCAGUUCCAGGGCAAGUGGUACGUCGUGGGCCUGGCAGGGAAUAACAUUAGGAAGGAAGAGCAGGGGCAGUUCAAUAUGUAUGCCACCAAUUACCAGCUGAAAGAAGACCAGAGCUACAACGUCACCUCCAUCCUGUUCAGGAACCAGAGCUGUGACUACUGGGUCAGAACUUUUGUGCCAAGUUCCAAGCCUGGCCAGUUCACCCUGGGCAACAUUCAGGGAUACCCUGAGUUGAGGAGCUACACUGUGCGAGUGGCGUCCACUGACUAUAACCAGUUUGCCAUGGUGUUCUUCAAGAAGGUUGACAGAAAACGGAAGGCACACUUCAAGAUCACCCUGUAUGGAAGGACCAAGGAACUGACUCCUGAACUGAAGAAUAGGUUCACCAGCUUCGCCAAGUCCCUGGGCCUCACGGAUGACUACAUCAUCUUCCCUGUCCCCAUUGACCAAUGCAUUGACCAGUGAGUUGAACAUGCUGUGAGUACAGCUGGAGGGAGCCUGAUGAUGGGGAGCCACUGUGCCUCAGGGCCAGCAGUCCCAGAUCUGCCUUUGCCUCACACCCCCAGCACUGCUACUGUGUUCACUUCUUCUCAGGUGCCUCCUGUCUCUCUCUGCACCCACCACCCUCAUGAUGACCUCUCCCCAGCUGCCCCCACCAGGGGACCCUUCUCAAAUCACCAUCCCUCACUGAUCUGAUGAUGGAGCCACCCUUUAACUGUUAAAUGUCCUGGAGGCUGAGUGAUGGCUCAGCUGGUUAAACAUACAUAGUAUUAUGCACAAGGACCUAGAUUCAAGCCCCCAGUCCCCUAUGUGUGUGUGUAGCUUUAUGAGUGGUGGAGCAGGUCUGCAGGUGUCUCUCUCUCUCCCCCCUAUCUCUCCCCCUACCCUCUUAAUUUCUCUGACCUAGCCAAUAAAACAGGAAAAAAAAAAAGGCCACCAGGAGCAGUGGUUUUGUAGUGCUGGUAUUGAGCUCUAGCAAUAACCCUGGAGGCAAAUAAAAUAAAAUGUCCCCAGUC